AUGUCCGGAUCGCUGUGGGUCUAUGUCUCAGCUUGCUCCCUUGCUUUCCUGCUCGCCGUGGCAGCCAAUGGCUUCAGCACCCAGUAUCGCGGUCAUACCCAGCAUCCAAGACUGCCGGAGCACUGUCUCUACGAGGAGCUCCAGCUGGCCGUUCCCCUGCACGGCUUCAUUUUGCCCACCGGCUAUGAUGACUACUGUGUUCGUGUGGAAUGCACCGACGACUAUCUACUGAUGAUCCGACACUGUGACAAACAGUCGUUUCCACGACCUGGCUGCCAUUUCACCGACAGCAACUUUGAGCUGUCAUAUCCCGCCUGCUGUCCGCAGCUCGAGUGUGCCAGCAAAUGAAACUGGAGAUUUAAGGCUAUAGUGGCGGUGAAACAAAUAGCAUUAAGAUGAAUUUCGAAUAUAUAUUUUAUUAAAAUUCAAAACCGUGAUUUUUGACUACAA